UUGUUCUCCAAAGCAUGGCCAUACAUCACUUGAUCUUGAUACAUAUACUAAGAAAUGACAGAAUUUGUAUCAAAACUCAACAUUGCCGCCACGACACAGAUCGCGUACCUGUUGGAGGAAGGUAGCGGAGUCGCGGUCUUUACUUCCAGCACAAAAGUGUGGAUGGACGAUAGGUUGGGCCAGGCGCGGGAGGCGCACAAAGGUUUCCAGGCUUUGCUAGAGCAUACCGCAGGUGAGUUGCAAACCGAGGGCCUUCUUCGCAUUGCCGCACAUCGACCACACUUUGAAAAAUACAGAGCAGACGAUACUAUACGCAAAGCUAACACGCGCCAGCAAGGUCAUUCGAUUAGUGGUAAAUCGACGUCGGUGAGGCCUCGUUCAUACAGUGGUGGAUGUGGCUGUACAUUGAGUUUUUGUCAGGAAGAUCACCAACAAUCCCAAUGUCACUCAAUGGAUUCCUAUGAAAUUGCAACGUCUCCUCCAGCCGGAAAAGAUACAAGUAGCCCUGGCGCCUUCGGCAUUGGGAGGUCUCACGCCGCCUCGGCUUCUUUGAGCACUAUGGCGAGCACGAAUACUUGGUAUGCCUCUAGUAACAAUUUGGCAGCACUGGAUGGAGCGAGCAGCUGUGGGCCCGCAAGCCCUUACAACGCUGAGAGUCCAGCUGGGUUCGCACUCGCAGGACGUUGCUCUGAGGAUUCAGGCGACUGCGAGUUUUCGAU